AUGAAGUUCACUUCAACCUCUCUUGCGCUUCUCGCAAGCAUUCCCCUCGUCUUCUCUCUCCCUACUGAAUCUCAGCCACCCACUCUGAAGCUCGAGAAGCCUCAGGGUUUCGACAAGAUCCAGAAGGCUGACCCCGAGCACUGGCUCCAAGCCGUCAAGGAAGAAGCAGCUCGCCAAGAAGCCGCUGCUGCCUCCACCUUUAACGAGACCGAAGCUCUCGAAGCACGCGCCAGCUGGGUCUACCAAGUCCACGGCAGCUACACCGACAACCUCGUCAACGUCGGUGACGUCGACACCUUCUACAUGCUCUGGACGCGCAUGUACGACGUCAGCGACGACAGGGGCGGUCUCUCAGACCUGACACGCGGCGCAUGGAGCAAGUUCUGCAACGGCCCCUCUGCCGGCAAUGGCGUGACCACACGAUUCGUCCUCGACGGUCGUCUUAGCGGCUGGUCUAUGCGUGAUGCUCUGAUCCACUCUAUGUGGCAGACUGCUGAUGGCAUUGGCAAGAAGAACGGGUACACCGUUUACAACAACUGCUAUGGCUUUACCUGGCAGGAAGCCAAGCCGGGAAGAACCGACUCGGCGUGUGGAGGACGAUCUGGCAAGGCUUGCCCGCAUAACUCUGACUGCCCGUUGGAGGGGAUGGAGUGCACUGGUCUCAAGUGGGGAACUUGGAUGCCCAGUAUUAUCCGCAUGAACGUCUACAACCGCGAUGGAUCGCUUCGUGCUGAUGCGUACCAGGCCAGAAUCUCCUCGCAGGCUCCCGGUUCUGGUGGUUGCUCCAAGGCCCAGACUAUUGCUGCCUAUGUUGCUGACUUUAUCCCUAUUGCUGGACCUUACUUCGCCACUGGUAUCCGUCUCGACUGUCUGCUGCAGAACUAA